AUGAUAAAUCUUAACAAGAUACCAGAAGUGGAAAUUAACAGUCUUCGGCGUGUAAGUUUGUUCUUUGAAGAUGAGUUCUCAUUUGUGGCUAUGGAGUUGUCCAAGGUGAAGAAAUUGCGGACGUUCAUUUCUACUACACCGGAAUUCAUUGAUCAUACUUAUGCCAUGCAGAUUUUCAUGAACUUUAGUCACAUACGUGUUCUGGACAUGAGCUGCAACGCGAUCACCGAGUUACCUCCAUCAAUUGCAAAGUUAAAACACUUACGGUACCUCAAUCUCUCAAACUCUCGGUUAUCUAAAUUACCUAACUCUAUUACUACUCUCUACCAUCUGCAAAGUUUGAUUCUGAAGAAUUGUUUUGAGCUGAAAGAUCUUCCUCGGGGCAUGAAAAAGCUUAUCAACUUGAGACAUCUUAUUAUCUGUAAAAGUCAAGCUAAUGCAUGGAUACCUCCAAUGCCAAGGGAGGUAAGAAAUUUAAGUUGCCUCCGAUAUUUGCCGGUAUUUGUUGUAGGGAAAGACAGUGGAUUUCGUAUCGAAGAAUUGAGAGACCUAAAUCUUCUUGCUGGUAAAUUACAAAUUCAUAAUUUGGAGAAUGUAAGAGAUGGAAAUGAUGCCCACGGUGCCUGUUUAAAAGACAAACAACAUAUUGUUAGGCUGGACCUAUAUUGGAUCGAAAACGAAACAUGUAAUGAUGCCGUUCGAGAUGAUUUUGACGUGAUAGAAGGCCUCCAACCUCAUCCAAACCUUAGAAUAUUGGGAAUCCACUACUAUGUUGGUUCAAAAUUCCCCACAUGGAUGAUGAGGCCAGAUAAUGUGCUUCCUAAUUUGGUUUUCGUUGUUCUUCUAAAUUGCAGUAAGUGCGAAUAUCUUCCUUCGCUCGGGUCACUUCCUUUUCUUAAGGUUCUCAAAAUAGUAGGACUUGUUGGUGUGCAAACUAUUGGCAGUGAGUUCUACGGUAACAACAAGGGCAAGGCGUCUUCUUUCCCAUCUCUGGAAAAACUCUCUCUAAUUGGUAUGCCAAAUUUGCUAGAAUGGUCAGAUCACAUUUCGUCAUCACCAUCUUCUACUUCUUCAUUUCCUUCAUGUUUUCCUCGCCUAGAGCGGCUGGAGAUCAAGGCGUGCCAUAAAUUAACGGUCAUGCCAAACCGGUUUGCAUCUCUCAAAGUACUGAAGCUUGAACAUUGCAAUGGCGAACCAGUAAGCUCAUUGGUAGAAAGCAAUUUAACAUCCCUGAUGUCCGUGGACAUUGCGUUCUGUAAGGAGCUUGUGUUUCUUCCUCGCGGAUUGCUUAGAGGAAAUAAUAUGCUUCAAAGUCUUGAGGUGUCUAAUUGCGAAAUGUUUCAAGGCUUUAUUCCGGACCAAGAGCUUGAGGAGGAGGAUGACAAGGAGCAAAGGCAUGUACUUAAGAUUUCCACUUCUAGGUUUAUUUGGGCCUAUAGAUUACUUCAUAUACCCAGUAAAAAAGGGCAAGGGGUGUCUAAAUUUGCUGAAACUACCAAUUUACCCUCUAUUAAAUAUUAA